GGUCACAAACAUCAACUAACGACUCCAUUUUUUUAUCGGGCUAAUUUGGGGAAAUCCAUUUUUUCUUAUAAAGAUUCAAGGGCAGCCUAUUUACUUUAACGUACGAUGGAAGCCAUCUCAAUGGCACACAAAGGGUUAAGGGGCUGUAGUACUCUGAUGCAUGCAAACAUUCUGAGCUCCUAGGAAGAGGAGAGUGACGGAAAUCUAAGAGUCUGUGUGUCGAGAGCUGGCUAUGGAGAGCACCGCGGACACUAAGAGAACUGCAGCGCACGUUGAAAACCCAACAGCACCGAAUUGUCUUUUUUCAUGUAAUUGGUAAUAGUUACUUAAACCUUAUUGAGCUCUGAUCUGCUGGUUCUCCUUACCUUCAGCCAUGUCUGGUCUUCAGUGCAAAGCGGUUUUUCUGUGGCUGUUUUUCGUCGGAGUCCGGACAGUGGGAGCGGUGGACGACCUGUGUAAUAAUUGCACCGUGUUGCGCAAUGUGGAAGACUUGCCCAAUCUGGAUUCAGACCUCUGCUGCGCGAUACUCAACUUCUCCGUGAGUGCUCUGGAAUGGAACGUCUUCACCAGGUUAUCCAGCCUGCGGGUUCUGCGCCUCUCAAACUGCGGGAUACUUGAGAUCGCGUCUAGCGAAGGAUGGAGAACACCGACAUCCAUCGAAUAUCUCUACAUGGAUAACAAUCACCUGAGAGGUCUUCCUGAUGGAUUUUUAGCCAAUGCCCCCAACUUGAAGGUGCUUCACCUUGAUUUUAACGAACUGCACCACCUGCCUCCGAACUUCCUGAUGGCCUCAGACCACAUAGAGGAGAUAGACCUAAGUUACAACUACCUGACCGCUCUUCCACUGACGAUCUUCAAACCUUCUCUCUCGGUACUUGGCUUCCUCAACAAUAGCUUAGAAUGUACCUGCGCCCUCUAUGACCACUUGGAACCAUUCUUCCGUAGCAAUGAUAGCCGUGGGAUGCUAGAAGACUUGACUUGUGCUUCGCCAAAAGAGGAUAAUGGAUUAAAAAUUAAAGAUGUCCAGAGAGGAAGCCUCUGCAGGUCACAUAGUUUAACCGUGGUGCUGAUCUGCAUUCCCCUCUUGGUGGUUUUAGGGUUUACGUGUUGGUAUCUUUGCUGCCGUAAACAAAAAGCCGCGUACGCCAACGCAAGGCAAGAGUGCAGCUUGGUUACCGUGGAACGCAACGGAACCUCAAAUUUAAGACAAUACCAUCAUUACGAACCUAGACAGCAUUCCCAAAAGGACAGGCAGGAGCUGGAAGCUAACCAGGUAAACGACCCCAUCUUACUGAAACCUUCUGCGGCCCUGUUGGGGAGCAGCCGGGAUCUCUAUGAAGAGGUGGAAAUAAAACUAGGGACGUCUGCAGAUCACUUGGUGGAGAAGGACGGUGACGUCAACCAAGAUGGCCCUGGGCUGAUGUUGGCGGACGAAGAGGAAGAUGAUGUAAAUAACCGGGCGGGAGACGAACUGGACGUGGAAACGGCGAGCGUGACAGAUGUCAUGAAAGACUCUACAGACCGGGAGAAGCUUUAUCUAAACCAGGCUACGGACUAUUACAGCCUGGUCCCCGGGAUUGAGCUGGAAGACUCGGAUCAUUGUGAAUAUGAAAGUGUUGACCUCUCCUGAGAGGUUCCUCUGGCUUUGCUAUUCUUAGGCAAGUGACCGAGUCGGUUAUUCAUUGUUGGGUUUGUGCCGUUUUGCAGAGGAACGCAUCAGACCGCAACGAACUGAGGAGGAGGCUUUUCUACGUGGCGCUACCCUGGCGUUCCGCGAUUAAUGAAGAUGAGGAGAUGCCGAGGUUAUCCUUCCAUCAAACACCAAGGACACACUAUUUUCAUUUACGUGUGCAGCUUCCAGAUAAAGAUAUAUAUUUAUUUGUAUAUUGAUACGGGGUGUUUUAAAGCCUCCAGCCCCGUUCAGGGUGAAUUAUAAUAAAGAUGUUUUAAUAUGAAUUAGAAAA